AUGUGGACAUGGAUGUUUUCUUCACUGAUUGUUUGUGUUUUGUUGCUGCACAUCAGUGGAUUCCAACAAGAGGACACUCAAGCUGAUUGUAGCACAACUCCCAAUGACCUUGCGUUCAUCAUCGAUGGCUCCUCGAGCUUGGGGAUCCCUAAUUUUGAAACCGCCAAGCGCUGGCUCAUCAACAUCACCAGUGGCUUUGACGUGAGCACCAGGCACACUCAGGUGGCAGUCGUCCAGUACAGUGACACCCCCCGACUGGAGAUUCCUCUGGGAAAGCAUCAGAACAACCAAGAACUCAUCGAGGCAAUCACCUCCAUCUUGUACCUGGGGGGCAACACACGGACCGGCCGUGCCAUCAAGUUUGCCACAGACCACGUCUUCGGGAUGCCUAACCGCACAUCCCAGUCUCCCAGAAACCGCAUCGCCGUGGUUCUCACCGAUGGGCGCUCGCAGGAUGAUGUUGAGGAUGCUGCCAUGGAGGCCAGAGCACAGAAUAUUGUUCUGUUUGCAGUCGGUGUGGGAAAUGAGAUCACUAACUCUGAAUUGGUGUCUAUGGCCAACAAGCCACCUUCUACGUACGUGCUGCACGUGGAGGACUAUAAAUCCAUUGCAAGCAUUUGGGACCUGAUGGAGCAGAAACUGUGUGAGGAAUCAGUGUGUCCGACGCGGAUCCCUGGGACAGUGAACGAUCAGAAGGGUUUUGAUCUAAUGAGCCUGAUGAAGAUUGAGCAGGUGGCUCAGAAGGUUCAGGGCUCUUUGUUAUCAGAGAGAGCGUCUCAGCUCAGCCCUCGUAUGAACAUCACCCACAACACCAGAGAGAUCUUUCCAGAAGGCCUUCCACCAGCUUUUGUGUUUCUGGCCACUUUGCGCUUGAAAAACCCAGCUCACUGGAUGAAGUUCGACCUGUUAAGGGUGUUGUCUCAGGACGGGGUUAAGCAGAUCGCCGUGACUUUGAACGGAGCUGACAAAUCUGCCACUUUCACCUGCACCAGCACUCUGAAGAAAGAGCAGACAGUCAUAUUUAAUGACCGAGGCAUCAAGAGGCUCUUUGACACAGAUUGGCACCAGUUGAAGUUCCUGGUGAAGCACAAACGCAUCACUUGUUUCGUAGAUGGCGCAUACGUGGAGGAGCAGCUCUUAGAUCCAGUUGUUCCCAUCUACAUUAAUGGAAAGACUCAGGUCGCCAAGAAAAUCAAUAUUGAGACUACAGUCCCUAUAGUGCUGCAGAAGUUACGGAUCUACUGUGAUCCCCAGCAAAGUGAGAGAGAGACAGCGUGUGAAAUUUACUCUGUGGAUAAUGACAGGUGUCCUUCGGGCCGCUCUCCUGCUGUAGAAGGUUGUGACUGUCCUAGUGGUAAACCUGGUCUGCCCGGUCUACCUGGGACUAUGGGCUUCAGAGGGGAAAAAGGCAGAGAAGGACCUCCUGGCCCUGAUGGUAAACCUGGGAAACCAGGAGAAAAGGGAGCAUCUGGAGAGCCUGGUCGAGAUGGAGAGAAAGGUGAAGCAGGUGAACCAGGACAAAAAGGGGAGGGAGGGCUGGAAGGACCCAAAGGUGAAAUGGGACCACCAGGGCCUUCAGGACCAACAGGCAGUGGCUUUUCCAAAUUGGAUUUUGAUGACUUGGGAAUUCAAGGAAGCAAGGGAAUCCCAGGAGAACCAGGGGAAAUGGGACCACCUGGAAAACCUGGACUGAAUGGUGAACCUGGGACACCUGGUCUACCUGGACUUGCUGGUCCCAAGGGAGAGAAAGGAGAUGUUGGUGUGGCAGGCUCAGAUGGACAACCAGGAAUCCCUGGAGAGAAAGGAGAUGUUGGUGUGGCAGGCUCAGAUGGACAACCAGGAAUCCCUGGUUCAGAUGGAGAGCACGGAAUUCAAGGUCCCCCUGGCAUUAGAGGUCUACCAGGGUUUAAAGGUUAUAAGGGUGACUCAGGAUCAUCUGGACCAAAGGGAAGUCAGGGCGAGAAAGGAAACCAGGGAGAACCUGGAGUUGCUGGAAAACAUGGUGAACCGGGGCUCAAAGGAAACAAAGGAGAGCCAGGUGUAGCAGGGGAGCCUGGGAGCAGAGGGGCUGAUGGGGAAAAGGGAGAUAUGAGUCCAUCAGGGCCACCUGGAUCUCAAGGCUUUCCAGGACUAGAUGGGUUACCAGGGCAACCAGGACUUCCAGGUUACCCAGGGAAACCAGGCAAAGCACCUUCAGAAGAGCAGUUGAUGAAGAUCUGUGCUUUUGUGCUACAGAGCCAGCUGCCACAGCUCCUGCAGGUGAUGGGACAAAGCAGCUGCCAACAUUGUGAAACCAAACUAGGACCACCAGGCGAUCCAGGUUCCCCGGGCCCAACGGGCCCAUCUGGACCCCCAGGGUAUCCUGGCAGGGCGGGGUCUCCAGGAUACCCGGGACCUCCUGGGAGGAGGGGACCUGAAGGGGUAAAAGGUGAUAUUGGCCCAAUGGGUAUGAAAGGUGCUAAAGGACAGGGUGAAAUGGGGUUGCCAGGUCCACCCGGCCCAGCAGGUUUGCAGGGCCCACGUGGGGAUGAUGGUGAGGGAUAUCCUGGGCCUUCUGGUCCACCAGGGAAACCUGGCACUCCGGGUACCCCAGGCAAACGUGGGCCCCCGGGGCCCAUGGGGGUUUGUGACCUGUCCUCUUGUUAUCAAGCCUAUGGCUUUCGGAACGAUCCUUUCAGGAAAGGACCUAACUUUUAG